AUGUCGGUGCCACACAGCCCGUCGCUAUCCCGCGCUUCAUCACUGGAUGCCGGUACGGACGCCGCCCGGUUCCAGGAAGCAGUCAUCAACCACGCGCCGGGAGAUGGAUCGGAAUCCUCCGAGGCACUGCACCUUGGAAGAUCCGAGGAUGAAACCGAGAGCCACGAGACUUUCUGGGACAAGCUCUGCGCCAUGCAGCACGAGCUGUCCGAGGUUGAAAGGAAGAUAAACCGUCACAGCUCACUCAAGGAGGCUCGGCAAGCCGGGUGUACCCGCAACCGGCACUGUUGGGUGAUCUUACAUCAAGGCCGGCCAACAUCUGUUGCAAAACGCUUCCGAGCUUUGCUGCCGCCGGAGCUAGCCUCGGCCAUUGGAAAAGACUCACCAGUGCGCGCGUCGGUGGUCACAGGAUUCGAGGAGCGCUUCGCGGAGUCAGAAGUCUCACCCUCAGAACCGCGGCGGCCUCGAGCAAAGCCUCGGGCGCGCGAGCCGCUUCCAGUGGCCAUGGCACCAACGUUCUGCCUGAGCGACACCCACGAGCGGAAGGCCCCCGUGGCCAGGCAACGCAAGUCACUGGCUGCAGGAGCCUCCCGAAGCCGUUUAAGAUCCUCCCUUGCUGCAGAGCCGGAGCAACCUGCGGUCUCCGAAAUCUCCGAAGUCCAGGUCGAACAGCCUCCUCCUAGCGAACCGUUGAGCGUUCCUGUUGAUUGUGGAUCCUUCAAAGAUAAGGAUUCCGUAGACGAUCUGCGCGGCAUUGUGAGCCUGGAUGUGGACCUGGACACGCCUGCAUCAGCCACAUUCGAUCAGCCAUCUAAGGCCGAAAGCUCUCCCAUCAACAAAGAGGAGGACAUGUUGCUGGAGCUACAGCAGCUGGCCGCCUCUGUAAAGCUUGCACCUAGCGAGUCCAGCUCCGAGUCUGAGCCAAGGCUCGUUGUGGCCCAAGAUCCCCGGGGUCAUGGCAGCAUGCCUGGCCCCUAUCGGAGCAGUGCUGGGCCUGUGACAGACAUCUUGCCGCGAGGUCCGAAUGUUCGCGCAAGAACAGGAAGCGAGGAGCACGAAGACGUCCUCGCGUUGCUGCAGCAGUUGGAGCAUGAAGACUCGGAGGAGCACGAUGUGGGAAGGGUGUCAAGUGCAGAGGAUGGAGACGAGGAUUCGUUGGAGGCCGCGGAGGAGGACGAGGAGGACGAGGAUGAGGAGGAGGAUGAAGAAGAGUCUGAGUCAGAGGGCCCAGACCCCGCGUCUGAGACAAAAUAG